AUGAAGAAAGUUUUGUUAUUUAAGAGUGCGUCAGAGGAUUACAAGAAGGCUUUUUCAAAGUGUAAUUACCAAACCGUAUUUGUUGAGCCACUCGAAUUUGUGUAUAUAAAUUUACAGAAGUUAAGUGAAAAGCUUCAAAAUGGAAACUACCACGGUCUGAUACUUACGAGUCCUCGUGCAAUCGAAGCUGUUUCAAGGUGCUGGGCACCGUCCAAGUUUAUUUUAUGGAACACAAAACGUAUAUACACUCUAGGGGAAUCUAGCGGUCGAAAAGUUAAACUUCUAUUGGGCUUAGAAGCUUUAGGUACUAGUGCAGGCAAUGCAGAAAACUUAGCUAAACUUAUUAUGAAGGAGAAUCCGGAAUCUUCAAAAUUUCUAUUCCCCUGUGGUAAUUUAAGUUCGGAAUUGUUACCUAAUAUGUUACAGUCAAGUGGUAUUAUGGUUGACUCUCUUACAGUAUAUGAAACUAAAGAAAAUGAAAAUUUAAGAACAAAUCUGAUGGCUGUUAACGAUUCUGAGGAGCCUUGUUGCAUGGUGUUCUUUAGCCCAUCUGGCUGUGAGUACAUACAUAGGCAACUUCAGACGUUCAUCAACAAACUUUCUAACUUACCACACUUUGCCAUUGGUAAUUCAACGGCACACAAAAUUGAGAAUCUCGGUGUAGAAAUAGCAGGUGUUGCUGUGAAACCAAAAGCAGAAAGUGUUAUUGAGUCUAUUGAACAGUAUUUUAGAACUUUACAAAGCUGUGGGUAA